UUAUAACAUCGCAAUUCUUUGACCAUGGAGAUUCAAAUCUUCCUCUUCACCUUGUUUUGCUUCCUUCUUCUGAUCUAUAAGCGAUCAAAUCCCAAGAAAUCCUUCAAAAACCUAACCCUACCUCCAGGGCCAUGGAAGUUACCUCUUAUAGGGAACAUCCAUCAAAUUGCAGGGUCACUACCCCAUCACGCCUUGAGAAACUUGGCAAACAAGUACGGGCCCUUAAUGCACCUUCAACUUGGAGAGACAUCCAAUGUCAUUGUCUCUUCCUCAGAAAUUGCCAAACAGAUCUUCACAACCCAUGACAUUAUCUUCUCUAAUAGACCUCAUGUCCUUGCUUCCAAGAUCAUCUUUUACAACAACACAGAUGUUGGAUUUUCUCCAUACGGAAACCAUUGGAGGCAACUACGAAAAAUAUGUACUUUGGAACUUUUCACGGCAAAGCGUGUUAGGUCCUUUAGGUGCAUAAGGGAAGAGGAAGUUUCUGCCCUCAUCAAAGAUAUUUGCUCUAAUGAAGGGUCGCUCAUAAAUCUGAGUGAGAAAAUUUUCACAACCACAAAUUCCAUAACUGCAAGAGCAGCCUUUGGCAAGAAGUCAAGAGAUCAAGAAGCUUUCUUAUCUACUAUACGGUAUAUCAUGAAGCUGGUGGGAGGUUUCUCAGUUGUUGAUCUCUUUCCUUCUAUCAAAGCACUCCAAGUGAUUACAAGGAUCAAAGCAAAACUUGAAAAGAUCCACAAAUUGAAUGACGGAAUCAUCGAAAACAUCAUCAGGGAUCACCAAGAAAGAAAAGCCAUAGGCAAUGAAAGUGAUGAUGAGGAGAAUCUACUUGAUGUUCUUCUAAAGAUUCAGCAGGAAGAAGAUUCAGAGCAUCCCUUAACUCAAGACCACGUCAAAGUCGUCCUUUUGGAUAUGUUUAUGGCUGGAUCCGAGACAUCAUCAACUACUCUAGAGUGGGCAAUAGCAGAAUUGAUAAAGAACCCAAAGAUAAUGAAAAAGGCUCAAGCAGAGGUUAGAAAGAUCUACAAAGAAAAAGAGUUUGUGGGUGAAAGUGAGAUUCACCAACUAAAAUACUUGAACUCAAUUGUGAAAGAAACUUUAAGGCUUCACCCACCUGGGGUACUAAUUCUUCCACGAGAAAACAUUGAGAGAUGUGUGAUUAAUGGAUAUGAGAUACCUGAAAAGACCAGAAUCAUUAUCAAUGCAUGGGCAAUAGGAAGAGAUCCCAAGUUUUGGGAUGAUGCUGAUACCUUCAAGCCAGAGAGAUUUUUGGAUAAUCCAAUUGAUUUUAGAGGAACAAACUUUGAUUAUAUACCAUUUGGUGGUGGAAGGAGAAUAUGUCCUGGAAUUAGCUUCGCCAUACCUAACAUUGAGCUUCCACUAGCCAAUUUGCUGUAUCAUUUUGAUUGGAAACUACCAAAUGGAAUCACUCAUGAAGAAUUUGACAUGUCCGAGAUGUUUGCUGCAAGUACGAGAAGAACUGAGAAUCUCUGGCUAGUCCCAGUGGUUUAUCAACCCUAGUUCUAUAAUCUAUAAUUGUCUCUAUUUUCCAUGGCCCUGUGGUAUCUCUGGAUCGUUUUUACUUUGAAUAAAAGUAAUUCAGUGACUUGUUCUGUCCUUUUUGUUUAGUUGUUGUAAAACUUUACUAAUUGCAAGAAAUAAGUAAGUAAUAUGGUUCAGUGUUCA